AUGCAGAUACUACAAGAAUUCGAUUGGAACUUGAACUCGCUUAGUCUAUGCUUAUAUUCAUUCGAAGAGCAAAUGCACAACAAUCAACAAGAAAUGAUGCCGAGGCCACAAAAAAGUUUAGGUAAUUUACCCAGCAACCCAGUUUGUAGAAGAGGCAAUUUCAAGAUUUCCUUCAAGAGUCCUUUUGCCCCACGCAGACCUCCAAUCUAUUUAGCUGAGUCAUUUCAUCAUCAGAAACGACCAUACUAUCAAAUCAGUUGUCCAAAUGAUAACUCAUAUUCGCCAUAUACCUAUAAAAGCCCACAAUAUAAGGAUCAAAAACAUUCAAGUUCCAAAACGUAUAGCUCUCCUACAGCUUUCCUGGAAAAGAACUGCAGUAAUCAUAGUGGUUUGCAAUCAAGACCAUGUAUGAAAAAUUUCAAUGUCAACGAAUAUGUGAUACCGGAUAUGACAACGAAUCCUUGGAAAAUGCUAGAAGAAUCACUUGAUGGAGAACUAAAUAAAGAGUCAUGCUAA